AUGGAGUCCAGCGACUACGAAACCACUGCCAGCCGGCUCAAAGCCGAUGAUGCUGCCAUCGAUGCUGAGAAGGCUCAGGUUCAACCCGAGUCCGACAAGCAAGAUGAACCCAAGCAGGAUGAGCCCGAGAGGGCCAUGACCGGCUUCCGCUGGUUUGCCUUCGUCGUCAGCACCUUGACGGCCAUUUUCGUCUAUGCGCUUGACAACACCAUCGUUGCCAACAUCAUUCCCGUUAUCGUCAACGAUCUCAAUGGCAUCGAGAAGCUCCCAUGGCUGUCUGUCGGGUUCAUGAUCGGCGGCCUGGCUAUUAUCCUCCCGGUUGGCAAGCUCUACGCCACUUACAACCCCAAAUGGGUUUACAUUGUCUCAUUCAUCAUCUUUCUGGCUGCAUCCGCCCUAUGCGGUGCUGCCCCCACCAUCGAGGCCGAGAUCGUCGGGCGUGUCUUAGCCGGUGCCGGCGGUAACGGCAUCUAUUACGGCCUUUUGGCGUUGCUUUCGAUGCACACCACCUCCAAGGAGCGCCCGCAAUACCUCAGCUAUACUGGCCUUGUCUGGGGUCUCGGCACGGUGCUCGGCCCCGUGGUCGGCGGCGGCUUUGCGCUAUGGAACUGGCGCUGGGGCUUCUACAUCAACCUGCUCUUUGGCGCCAUCCUCCUGCCCGCCUACCUCUUGGUCAUCCCUUCCACUCCCGUCCUGCCCGACAAGACACAGUGGCAGAAACUCGCGAUGCUCGACUGGGUCGGCGCUCUCCUCAGCAUCGGCGCCAUGGUGACUCUUGUCAUUGGCAUCAACUUCGGCGGCGUCGACUGGGCUUGGAACAGCGGCGCGAGUAUCGCCCUCUUUGUCGUGUCGGGCGUUCUCUGGAUUGCCUUUGGUGCCCAGCAGUCCCUCUGUGUCUUGACCACCAAGGAGAAGCGCUUGUUCCCCGUGCAUCUGCUUAGCCAGAAGAUGCCGGUGCUUCUCUUCGUCGCAUGCGCUUCGGUCGCCGCCGUUGCCUACACCUCUGUGUACUACAUUCCGCUUUACUUCCAGUUCAGCCAGGGUGACUCGGCCAUCUACACGGCCGUCCGUCUGCUACCGUACAUUUGUGUCCUCAUCACUGCCAUGCCUUUGAGUGGGUGGUACCUCUCCCGCUACGGUUGGUACAAGCCGCUCUACAUCGGUGGGAGCUUGGUUGCGCUUGUCACCUCGGCACUCAUGGCUCACUACGUCGAUCGUGAAACGCCGGUUGGGAUUUUCUACAUCAUCGAACUGUUCCUCGGCGGGAGUACUGGUGCUUAUACCCAGUCCUCCUUUGCUGUCGUGCAGGCCGUUCUCCCUCCCGACGAAGCGGGCAAUGGCCUCGCUCUGAUGCUGAUCUCCCAACUCGGAGGCAUGACACUUGCCCUCUCCAUCAGCGGCGCCGUCUUCAUCAACACGGCCGUGAACAACUUGGAGUCCGCCUUGGAACUCCCCCGCCUUCAGAUCACGCAGCUUGUGGCUGGUGCCUCCAACAACCUCCUGGAGAGUUUGUCGCCUGCCAUGCGUGACCUUACCCUCGACACCAUUGUUGCAUCGUGGCAGAAGGCGUUCAUCAUCGUUUACGUCGGCGCUGCGGCUAGCUUCGUGGUGUCCCUCUUUUUCCGUCACGGCAAAGCCAAUAUCGUGGCUGUGGGGGGUCUCUAG